AUGAACAAAAGUGAGUUUUUAAUUAAUAGUUACCAUCCACCAUUCAUGCACCGCAGCAGCAACCGACGUGAUAUCAGAGGAGGUGGAGUGGCUAUAUAUUGUGCCAGCUAUAUCAAUGUAAGAGAGGACGAUGCGCUUCUGGUUGAGAACUACGAUGCGAUCUGGUGCAGACUUCUUUAUGCCAAUCGAGAAGUUGUGCUCGGAUGUUGCUAUCAUACUGAACCGACAGACGACGAAAACUUUGCUAACUGCCUGUACAAAUUGUCUACUGGAAACAUGGAGAAGAUUGUAGCUGGGGAUUUUAAUCACCGAAGUAUUGAUUGGAAAGCUCUGUCAUGCUCGGGGAGCAUUGCAGAUCAGCGGUUCUUGGAUAUAGUGCAAGAUAACUUUUUGUCACAGCACGUUGUUGACCCAACAAGAGGGCAGAAUGUGUUAGAUUUGGUUUUUUCGUCGGAGCCAGACCUCAUCACGGAAUGUAUCGUGGAAGGGAAGAUUGGAUCUACUGAUCACAACACAGUGAUUUUUUCGGCAGCAAUCAAACAGCGUAACUUGAAUGAGAGAAGUUUCAGCCGCAGAAAUUUUUGGAAGAUGGACGUGGGAAGCCUUCUUUCUGAUUUGAAAGGAUACGACUGGAAUUCUCUCCUUAUUGGGGAUGCAGAACAGCAGUGGAACAUGUUGAUGGGCACUCUUAAUAAUCUUAUCUCAAAGCAUGUACCGUUUGUUGAACGAAGGAAGCGAAAGUACCCAUGGAUUACAAAACAGGUUUUGCGGGCGUGUAAGGACAAGCGACGUUGCUGGAAGAAUUUGCAGAGCAACAAUUCUGUUGAAAAUGAGUUGAAGUACAUGCAGGCAAAACAAGCAUCGGACCAAUCUGUUAAAUGGUCGAAGAAAGAUUUUGAAAGGAAACUGGCGAAAGGAAUUAGAGAAGAUAGUAAGUCUUUCUGGAGAUACUUUUCCGCAAAGAAGAAAUGUCCAACGAAGGUUGGCCCUUUGAAAGAGGGUGAUCGUGUAAUUGAGAAGUCUGAAGACAUGGUGGAGCAUCUGAACAGUUACUGCCAAUCUGUAUUCACUCAGGAGCCAAUAGGCCUGUAA